AUGCCAAGUCGAAGAAGCGAAGCCCUGGCAGUUUCACUGGUGACAGGGAUAAAUUUAGCCAUGGCCAGACUUGUAGAUAUCUGGGACAGCAUUGGCAUCAUGGAGGAGCAGAGGGUGGAGCGUAUGGAGACGGUGAAGAAGCACAUCGAGAGUCUUAUGAAUGAUAUGAUCGCAGAAGAAGAAGCUUUGAAACAUCGCAUUGGAUCCAAUAUCGUCGCUUUUCAGAAGCAACUGGAGGGCUUGUAUGCGGAGAUGUCAUUAGAACCUUACAAAUUAGAGGAGGGCCUGACGGUUCUGCAAACGGAGAAGAACCUGCGUCUGCGUCUGGAGGCGCUCCUGAAGGAGAAGAACGACCGCCUGAAGGAGAUGCGCAGCCUCCAGCAGCAAGACGAGGAGCUGUGCGUGGAGCUUUGCGCCACGCCCUACUACAUCCCCACUGGCAGCAUGCCCUCUCGCACGCAGCUGCAGCAGCUCCGAGAGCACAUCAAGACCCUGAGCGACGAGAAGAAGAGCAGGUUGAAGGUGUUCGCGGGCCUCAGGGAGGACAUUGCCCGUCUGAUGGGAGAGAUGGGUCAUGAACCUGAGACCAGCCUGGAGAAAGAGGCUGUGAGCAGUGAUGAUGAUGUCUUCCUUCUCACACACGAGAACAUUAAGGCCCUUCAGCUGCUGCUUUGUCAGCUUCAGGUAAAGAAGGAAUCGCUUACUUCAACACGAGAUGACCUCAGAAAUAGGGCUACUAGCCUGUGGGAUCGCCUGGAAUGUACGGACCAGGAACGCAGGGAGUUUCAGGAUGGCUUACCGGGUACUCUGUCUGAUGAGAUUGCACAGUGGCAGAAGGAGGUGGAUCGUCUGGAGAUGCUGCAAAAAGCUAAGCUGGAGGAGGUGAUCAACAAGAUCAGGCAGGAGCUGGUGCAUUUCUGGGACAAGUGCAUGUUUGGCCCCAAACAGAGAGAACCAUUUAACGCCCACUUCUGUGAUAGUGACUUUACUGAGGGACUCUUGUUGCUGCAUGAAGACGAGCUGCUGCGUGUGAAGGCCUGUUACGAAAAAGCGCGCCCCCUGCUGGAGAUCGUGGAGAAGUGGGAGAAGAACUGGGCGCUCUUCCAGGAGUUUGAGAGGAAAGCAUCGGAUCCAAACCGCUUCUCCAAUCGAGGAGGCGCUCUGCUCAAAGAAGCAAAGGAGCGUGUUAGAGUUCAGAAGAUGCUACCUAAGCUGGAGGAGGAACUGCGGAGUGUGGCGCAGGACUGGGAGAAGCAGCAGGGCUCGCCUUUCCUGGUGCAGGGUCAGGGGGUCAUGGAGUACGUCGCCAGCCAGUGGGAGGAGCACCGUCUUCAGAGGGACAAGGAGAAAGGCGAGCGCAUGACAAAGAAAGGAGAGACCACUCCGUUCAAAACCCCAAGCAAGAGGCCUCACGGGGGAGCCAGCGCGGGCGUCACUCCCAGCAAGAUCCGGAAGACGCCCAACCAGUCGAUGAUGCGUACAACCUGUGCUAGCUCUAAUGGCACGCCCAGCACAUUCAUCAGCCUGGCAGGCAAGCCCCCUUUAAGCACCCACAAGAGGAACAGGGCCCUGGACAUCAGCCAGGCAUCACCGCUGCAGGAACUCAACGGUGAAAAGAAGCACUUAAGGAUCGGCAGUUACUCAGAAUUCACAAACGAACUCUCCAAGAAGGCCAGCUAUGAAGCUGUUCUCAACUCAACAGCAAAAGAUAUUCUCUGAUAACAUAAACUCUUUAAUUCCUACUUAUAGCUAGGUUGCCCUUUUUGAA